AGGAAAACAAAAAAAUGUAGGUGCACAUGGUUGCCACCCCAUUGCCGUCUGAGACUCUUUAUAUUAAACCCCCCCACUCUCUACCUUUUCUUCUCUCGUAUUUCUCUUCAAUUUCUAUUCUUCUCUAACUGAGUCACUGACUCGUCUCGUACGGACUAGUCCUAGUCCGAGUCCGAGUUAACCAGAACUAACGCUUGAUCCAACGAUGUCUGUUGCCUCCGCCGCUGCAGAUUCCGCCGUCUCCGGCGAGAUCAUGCUGUUCGGAGUUAGGGUCGUUGUUGAUUCCAUGAGAAAAAGCGUUAGUAUGAACAAUCUCUCACAGUACGAGCAUCCUCAGGACGCCAACAACAACAAUAGCAACAAAGACGUUCCCGCCGCUGGUUACGCCUCCGCAGACGAUGCCGUUCCUCAUAACUCCGCGAAGCACCGCGAACGCGAGCGCAAGCGAGGUGUUCCGUGGACGGAGGAAGAGCACAAGCUGUUCUUGGUGGGAUUGCAGAAAGUAGGGAAAGGUGAUUGGAGAGGAAUCUCCAGAAACUACGUGAAAACGAGAACGCCGACGCAGGUUGCCAGCCAUGCUCAGAAGUACUUUCUCCGCCGAAGUAACCUCAAUCGCCGUCGCCGUAGAUCCAGCCUCUUUGACAUCACCACUGACACGGUCUCUGCUAUCCCAAUGGAGGAAGAACAGGUCCAGAAUCAAGACUGCGUGUCUCAUUCACAGUCCGUGUGCCCUGCAGCCCCUGAAACUAGCAAAAUCAAUGGAUUUCCAAUGAUGCCAGUAUAUCAGUUGGGUAUUGGUUCUGGAGUGAUUUCAGUCCAAACUGGGAAUCCUAUGGAAGAACUCAGUCUAGGACAAGGAAACAUGGAACACAAUGCGCUAACCAAGCUGGUCCGUCCAAUUCCUUUUGUUCCUGAACCUAAAACAUCCACCGUGUCUGAUAUCACUUCCAGUUCAAGUUCAGCUGUUGACCCACCAACACUGUCCCUCGGGCUAUCCUUCUCAUCUGAUCAAAGGCAGACAUCAUCAAGACAUUCAGCUUUACAUGCAAUGCCAUGUUUCAACAAUGGAGAUAGCAUCAUAAGUGUUGCUUGAGAAAGAUGACUCAUGAUUAUGGUCCAUAUCUGGAGCAUCUUUUGGAUUCACAAGAUUACAGAUAUAUCUAUCUCUAAUCUCCCAUCUUUUUGGUGGGAUAAAGAGAAAGACGUUGAAGGAAAGGGCGAUGGAUUAGAGAAGGCAAGCUUAGGUGACUGAAUUUGAUCUUUCUGUUCCUUGUACAGACCCGGGAAAGGUCCUGUCCUGUUUCUUCUUGUUUGCUUAUGUUAAUGUUAUGACUUUAGAUUCUUGUUUAUUUGGCCGUUUAUGUUUGUAGUUGAUGUAACUGAAAAUAACGAAGUACUUUAUGUUCAUUGCUGAUAACGUUGGAUGUGCACUUCACAGAUGUGUGGUUUGUGGCUCUUUUGGGGGAAAAUAUCAAGUUGGGUUUGAAGGUUGGCAAUCUGUCAUUCCUGUUAGGUGUUAACAGACGCCCACGUUUUAAAUUUCUGGUGAAAAUGACCUAUUUACUCCUACUCACUAAUGGUCGGUAGCUGUAGAAUGUCAUAAGUGUAUCUUGCUUAUGAUCCAUGCAUUAUACGGUUUGUCCAACACCGAACGUGGUGCUGCUGGUGCUGGGGAUUGGGCAGGUGAUGCGACUUGCCCCACACGGCUUAAAAGUCAAAUGUCCCAAAAUUCAUGUGCUUAUUUACUGUGAGAGAGAUCUAUUCAUCAAUGGGAACCAUGUUUCUGGAAUUGGACUCUUUCCUAUGCAUUUAACGUACGUCCUUGGUGCGCAUUGAUCAAUAUCAAUAAGAAUAGCAGCCAGCCCUAUAGAUAUCAUAUCGGUUAGCGCUUCCUUGAUAGAUGCAAUUUUUAUUAUAAAGGG